UGUAUAUUUUAUUUCUUUUUAUUUCCUGUGUAAAAUGUUUUUAAUCAGCAUGCUGCAGAUUUUUUUUUCACUUUAUCCUUCCAGUUUCUGCAGAUGCUUUUCGCCAUAUUGAAUCCGUUUUGUUUUGGUCACUUAUUGUUUUUUUUUUCGAACAGUCUACAACUAUUUCGGGAAUCAAAAUAUUUUUUGAGUGGAUUUUUACAUCUAUGUGUUGUUUUUUUUCUGGCGUUUAAAAGUGUUGUAUAAGGUAACGCGAGUGAAGCUUGGCUGGUGACAGCUGAGUGACAGACAAGCUACUCGUUCAAAAUCCGGCCGACUCGCCAUGACCAAAUUGGUCAGACGAGUAACUCGCCGCUCGCACCGUCUUUUGUAAUAGGGUAAUAGGGCCAUAAUUUGUGUUUAUUUGUUUUUGGGUUUCUUUUGAAUUAUAUAGGCAUUUGCUUUACCCUUCCGUGUUUAUUUAGUGCAUUUCUUGGCUCUCUCAGGCUAAAUUUCGAUGGGAUUUUUCUCAUUCAUGGCUUUAAAGGUUUAGGUUGCUUUGGGCUGCUUUUAAUUUGUUUUUUGUUAUUCUUUUGCUAACUUUUUUUAAUCAUUAAAUAAAACCACAGAAAUAAACAUUUUUAGACUUUACGUUGUAGAACAAAAUGUCCACGUGACAAAAAGGGGGGAGGAGGAGUUUAAAAUUUUUGAUUUUUGUGUCCACGUGGAAUGUGAACGGUCCCUUGAACGGAACCUAGUUCAGCAGAUAGUCAGGGAUUGCUCAAAUACGAUUCAAACCAAUGGACAACGUUCGAAGGCACACCAAGACAAUACAACUUAGCAAGCAGAUUUUUUAUGCAUAAAACUUUGCCGAUUUUUAUAUUGGUAGUUUGAAGCAAAUCUAAUGAAUAUUGUGCGACUUCUGGAUUUGAACUUCGGAACUAAGCAAAUGAUAAAAUGUAUAUUUUUGAUUUUAUUACUUAAAUAAAAGAAAAUUUCACAGCGUAUAUUUUUUGGAUUACCAGAACUACUAGCUGAAUUUUGUUAAAGCCAUCAAUCAAACGAACCUUUCUGGCAAGUUCUUUUCAGUAAUUUGUCUUGAUUUAAAAAAAUUGUGGCUUCGUGUCCCACCUGCUGAAUUACAUUUUUCGUAGUUUCUACUAUCAUAUUUUCAGUUAAAUAAUUCAAUUGUCUAUCUCCAUUACUACAUUUACUCCUUGAACCAGAAAAAAUACCAAUAACACAAAAUUACCUAUUCAACCUAUGAAAACAUUUGUGAGAAGAUCCGGAAGAAUGAGUAAAUUGCAUGAGUCAAAUCGAAAUAUAUUUCCGGCCAGUCCAUACAUAUUCCCAAAAUAAACCAGUUGUAUAUGUAUAGCCUCCCAGCUGGUACGAUACUGAUAUGACAACUACUCAUAUGUUCGAAUCCCGGCUCUCGAGAGACUGUUAGUAUCAGUAUGCUGGGUGGAAUAAACAAAGGGUUAAGUUCUGGUAGCGGAAUGUAGCACCAAGAUUUCAUUUCGCUUUGCUUUACUUUGCUUUGCUUUGAUAAGCAACAAUGUUGCACUGUGCUUUUUUUAUAUUUCUGACGUAAACACGCAUCAACCGCGAUCCGUCGGACUAUUAAACCAGCAAACGCAUAUCAUGACGCACCACUGCUUUCAUGCUCAACCAUAUAUGGGUUCCGAGUUCCAAGCUUUCAGCAGAACUUCGAGAACUGUGGUGUUGAUUAGUUCGAGCAGUUGUGUCGCCCCCAGAAUGACACUUGACAAAGUACUAAUUACAAUUGUGUUGGCGGCUUCUCUGGCAGGAGCGGCCAAAUCACCAGCGUUGAGAAUCAUGCAGCAGAUCGCAAACGAAUGCCGAAGUGUUACCGGAAGUGACGAAGCCUUCAACCAACUGAGGCGUGUUGUAGAACAGGAUACUCUAAAAUGUUUUGAUGAUCACGUAAGCGCGAUAAUUCUACAGUCUUCAUCUUUGCUGAACAACCAACCAUUGAAACCGAAGGAAAUUUGCGAACAAUCGCAGAAUUUGUUCUCCUGCAUCGAACCCAUCAUCAAUAAAUUAGAACCGUAUGUUAACGAUCCUAUCAGAAACGCGGUGGAAAAGUUGCAGAAAAUUGUCGAUACACUACCGGAAGUGUCGAGUUUGAUUUGCAACAAUAGUGCGGUCAAACAGAGGCAAUCCUUGGAAUUGAAGCAGUAAGCGUUGGAAAUGAUAGCAAAGUGAUUCCAUGUAAGUUACAAGUUUGUUUUGAGUGCGUCACACAUGUUGUUUGAAAAGUUGUUUAGGAAAAGCAAAUAAGCUCUCGGACUCCAUCUAGCUAUGACGGAUUUCGCGGUGACGAGGGGAGGUCUAACAGCUACCUCUCAGAAUUUAAUAAAAUAUUUUGGGUGUGUAGGCGUUAUAAGCUGUUUUGAACACUUUUUUUCGAAAAUUUAUUUAGCAUAACGGGUUCUCAAAUCUUUUCUUGAAUUACCAUACUCAAAUAAUGACAAGAGUUUUUUUUUAAAUACAUUUAAAGAAAAUAGAUUUGAGAUCCGACACUGACAAAAUUAGUUAAAAAAUACGAAUUGAUUUAGGAUAAACGGUCAUUUCAGAAUUUUCCAAACUCAAGAUUUUUUAAUAAGCAAUUGAACUGUCUAAAACUUCUCUUAACAUUUUGAAACAGACACUGUUAAGAAAAAAGUAGGAGGGUGGUAUUCAAGACACGACCGCAUGACGUUGGACUACGGUAUUCUUAUAUUCCAUUAAAACAAAUAAUAGAGAGAAUUGCAACUCUAGUAUUUGCUGCAAUUUUAUCUAACAGUGCAU